CCAGGUCAACCCACCAACAGCAAGACUUCUUUCCAUAGGUAUAUGCAAUGCCAGGCGCACCACCAGCAAACUUCCUGCUUCUGCAAAGACAUCGUACAUUGCAGCUUACUUGGUCAAUUUGCAGACGUCAAACCAGGAACAUUUCGACUGCAAACAUUGUGCCAUUGAGAAUACAAAAAACGACCACGGAUCGAACAAGCUCAGAUUGGACGGCUGCGACCAGGCCAUUAUUGCUUAAGAACCACCACUCCAUUUACACUACUCAUCGCGCGACCGAGAGAGCAACCGUCCGAUACUUCAGAACCACCGGAACGAUGGCCAGCGACGAGUCAUACAUGGACUUUCUGAACAAGGCGAACGAGGACCCUUCUGCGGGCAAGGCAAACAACGCAGAGACGACGAGCAGCAGCGACUUUAGGAGCACCGAGUCUGGGACUGAGACGCCAGCUGUGCUAGUCAAGGCUACAAAGGAUGCUUUCUACAUGAGUGAGGCAGACGAGCCGUUUGUGCCGGUGGCACUGGGCUGGGAGAAGGGAUUGCCAAAUGAAGAGGAAUUCGCCAAGUUGAUACAUCACUGGGAUGCCGCCAACGCCCAGGUGGAGAUCAUGGACCCGGCGGAUUGGGACACACAGGGACAGUACAAUGAUCUGCUGGAGGCGGUAAGGGAGGCGGGUAAGGGCAACGAUGUUAGGGUGUACCGAGUGCCGGGGAAGAAGUCGUCGCGGGUCGAGUACUGGCUUGUCACAACGACAGGGGAAAAACUGGUUGGCGCCAAGGCACUUUCGAUUGAAAGCUAGGCCAGAGGUUACGGUCAGGUUGAGAUGUAGGAUAAUAUGAUACGGGAAAUCUAGCCAGCUUGUGAAAUGAAACUAUAAUAAAUACUUUGCAUCCGA